GCAUAUCUCUCCCCCAAGAAAAUUGACUUUCUGACCCUCUCUGUGCCUCUGUGGACUUCCAACAAAUACUUUUCGUAGUGUUUUGUCUCUUCCCAUUGUAUCUACUCACAAACUCAGUUCACAAGAGGAGAAUCUUAUCGGAUGCUAUAAAACCUAGCUGAUUCUUGCAAACUUCAAAACACAUAGAACUUUUGGGCUCAGCAAAGCGAGGUAUGCUUACUUUGGUCUCUUUCUCGUCUUCACGAAUGCAUUUAGGUAUUGAUUUCAGUUUUCUGCUUAAGCCCAUUUUUGCUCGUGGGUUUUCUGGCUCAUUGUACCUGGUUUUGUUACUUUUAUUGUUUGUCUUGUGGGUGGUAAGGAGGAUUGAGGGUGGUUCUAGUGAGGAGGCAAAGGAGAGGUUUAGGCGCAGGAGGGUAGUAUGGUAUAAGCAGACUCUGUUUUGUUGUUUAGGUGUUUCUGUGUUUAAUAUUGCUCUGUGUUUGUUGAGCUAUUUCUAUUGGUAUAGGAAUGGUUGGUCUGGGGAUAAGCUUGUGACCCUUUCAGAUUUUGUGCUUAAAACACUUGCGUGGGCCGCAAUUUCUGUUUACUUGCAUAACCAUUUCUCUGAUUCUGGUGAACAAAAGUUCCCACUUUUAUUGAGAGUCUGGUGGGGGUUUUAUCUUUCAAUUUCUUGUUAUUGUCUAGUUAUAGACAUUGUUCUUCACAAAAAGCACAUUUCAUUGCCAAGUCAGUAUUUAGUGUCAGAUGUUUUCUCUGUCAUCACUGGUUUCUUCCUCUGUUAUGUGGGGUUUCUUAAUAGAAAUGAGGGCAAAGACAUGAUCCUUGAGGAACCCCUUUUAGAUGGAGAUUAUAGCGUUAGUGGUGUAGAGUCAAAUAAAUCCCGAGGGGUUGACUCUGUAACCCCUUUCUCAAAUGCUGGAAUUUUUAGCAUUCUUUCGUUCUCUUGGAUGGGGUCUUUAAUUGCACUAGGCAAUAAGAAAACUUUAGAUCUUGAGGAUGUUCCUCAACUUGAUAGCCUUGACAGUGUAGCUGGUGCUUUUCCACAUUUUAGAAAUAAGCUUGAGUCAGUUGGUGGUGUUGGGAGUGGAGUUACCACAUUUAAGCUGGUAAAGGCAUUGUUCUUGUCAGUAUGGAAAGAGAUUCUCUUGACAGCUAUGUUGGCGCUUGCGUACACGGUUGCUUCAUAUGUUGGCCCAUAUCUCAUUGAAACAUUUGUUCAAUACCUUAAUGGGCAACGGGAGUUUAAAAACGAGGGGUAUGUUCUAGUCACAACAUUCUUUGUUGCAAAGCUUGUAGAGUGCCAAGCUCAGAGGCACUGGUUCUUUAGGCUGCAGAAAAUUGGAAUUAAGAUUAGAGCAGUACUGGUGGCAAUGAUCUACAACAAGGGCUUGACCCUUUCAUGCCAGUCAAGGCAGAGCCAUACUAGUGGGGAGAUUAUCAAUUUCAUGACUGUUGAUGCUGAAAGAAUUGGUAACUUUUGUUGGUACCUGCAUGAUCCAUGGAUGGUCAUUCUGCAAGUUGCUUUGGCAUUGUUGAUCUUGUAUAAAAAUCUUGGGCUAGCAUCAGUUGCAGCCUUUAUUUCAACUAUUAUUGUCAUGCUAGCAAAUUUUCCUUUGGGAAGAUUGCAAGAGAAGUUUCAGGAAAAGUUGAUGGAAUCAAAAGAUAAAAGAAUGAAGGCAACCUCUGAGAUUCUAAGGAAUAUGAGAAUCCUUAAGCUUCAGGCAUGGGAAAUGAAGUUCCUGUCUAGGAUUAUAGAGCUCAGAAGUUUUGAGACGGAAUGGUUAAAAAAAUUUGUUUACACCUCUGCCAUGACGAGUUUUGUGUUUUGGGUGGCACCUACUUUUGUGUCUGUGGCCACUUUUGGUUCUUGUAUGCUGCUGGGAAUCCCUCUUGAGUCAGGAAAGAUCUUGUCUGCACUUGCAACAUUCAGGAUUCUUCAAGAGCCAAUCUACAAUCUUCCGGAUACAAUUUCAAUGAUAGUUCAGACAAAGGUUUCUCUUGAUAGAAUUGCAUCUUUCCUCUGCCUGGAUGAUUUGAAGCCUGAUGUUAUAGAGAGGCUUCCAAGAGGUAGUUCUGAUACAGCAAUUGAGAUCAUUGAUGGGAAUUUCUCCUGGGAUUUAUCUACCCCAAGUGUAACUUUGAAAGAUAUAAAUUUGAAAGUGCACCAUGGUAUGAGGGUUGCUGUUUGUGGCACUGUUGGCUCUGGCAAGUCAAGUUUACUUUCUUGUAUAUUGGGGGAGAUACCAAAAAUAUCUGGGACUCUUAAGUUGUGUGGCACAAAGGCGUAUGUUGCUCAAUCACCUUGGAUACAGAGUGGAAAGAUUGAAGAAAACAUAUUGUUUGGUAAGGAGAUGGACAGGGAAAGGUAUGAGAUGGUGCUUGAAGCUUGUUCCCUCAAAAAAGACCUAGAAAUCCUGUCAUUUGGUGAUCAGACAGUCAUAGGUGAGAGAGGAAUCAAUUUGAGUGGAGGACAGAAGCAAAGAGUACAGAUUGCACGUGCACUCUACCAAGAUGCUGAUAUCUAUCUAUUUGAUGAUCCUUUUAGUGCAGUGGAUGCUCAUACUGGAUCUCACUUAUUGAAGGAAGUUCUGCUGAGCAUGUUGAGUUCAAAAACAGUAAUAUUUGUUACUCAUCAAGUUGAGUUCUUGCCUGCUGCUGAUUUAAUCUUGGUCAUGAAAGACGGGAAGAUUACACAAGCUGGAAAAUACAAUGACAUACUAAGUUCUGGAACUGAUUUUAUGGAGCUUGUAGGUGCACAUAAGAAAGCCUUGUCAGCACUUGACUCAGUUGAGACAGGAUCUCUUUCUGCAGGAGUAAGUUUGAACGAAGAAGGUGGUGUGAGUAGCACAAUCGGGAACAUGCAGAAAGAAGAAAAUAAUGACGUUCAAAAUGGUAAAACUGCUGACAUUGUUGGGCCUAAGGAGCAGCUUGUUCAAGAAGAAGAACGAGAGAAAGGUCGAGUUGGGUUUUCAGUCUACUGGAACUAUAUUACAACAGCAUAUGGAGGAGCUCUAGUGCCCGUUAUAUUGCUGGCACAGAUAUUUUUUCAGGUUCUUCAGAUUGGUAGCAAUUACUGGAUGGCCUGGGCAACUCCUGUGUCAGAGGAUGUAAAGCCCUUAGUUGAGGCCUCUACACUAAUAAUGGUAUAUGUUGCUUUGGCCAUUUUAAGUUCUUUUUGUGUCUUUGCUAGAGCCAUGCUUCUUAAUACAGCUGGAUACAAAACAGCAACUCUACUGUUCAAUAAAAUGCAUCAUUGCAUCUUCCGUGCUCCCAUGUCUUUCUUUGAUGCCACUCCAAGUGGGCGUAUACUGAACAGACCUCAAUUUCACUGCGAUUCAACUUAUUAUGUCAUGCAUUAUGGUACUUGGCAUGAUAGUAAUCAUAAACCUCUAACUUUGCAGCAAUAUUACAUAUCUUCAGCACGAGAACUUGCGAGGUUGGUUGGAGUAUGCAAAUCUCCAGUGAUACAAAAUUUUUCUGAAACGAUUUCAGGAGCAACGACUAUCAGGAGCUUUGAUGAAGAACCAAGAUUCAGAGAGAAAAACAUGAAACUAAGUGACUCAUUUUCUCGGCCUGUAUUCCAUAAUAUUGGUGCUAUUGCAUGGCUCUGCUUCCGCCUAGAUCUGUUGUCUUCUAUUACAUUUGCCUUCUCUUUGGUGUUCCUAAUCUCUAUUCCUCCGGGAGUUAUUGAUGCAGUUAUGUAUGUGAGACAACUGAAUUCUGUUUUCUCCUGUCAAGGCGUUGCUGGCCUAGCUGUGACAUACGGACUCAAUCUGAAUAUGUUGCAAGCCAUGGUAAUAUGGAGUCUGUGCAAUCUGGAGAACAGAAUUAUAUCAGUUGAGAGAAUAAUUCAGUAUUCUAACAUUCCCAGUGAGCCUCCUCUUGUGAUCGAAACAAAUCGCCCAGCUCAUUCUUGGCCAUCUCAUGGAAAAAUUGAUAUUCAUGAUCUGCAGGUCCGUUAUGCCUCACACAUGCCACUUGUGUUGCGGGGCCUUACAUGCACUUUUCCAGGAGGGUUGAAAACUGGUAUUGUAGGGAGGACAGGCAGUGGUAAAUCAACUCUUAUACAGACACUUUUCCGGAUUGUUGAACCUGCAGCUGGCCAGGUUAUAAUAGAUGGUGUCAACAUCUCAUCCAUUGGACUGCAUGAUUUGCGGUCAAGACUAAGCAUCAUUCCUCAGGAUCCGACAAUGUUUGAAGGGACUGUUAGGAGCAAUCUGGAUCCUCUUGAAGAAUACACUGAUGAACAGAUUUGGGAGGCUCUUGAUAAGUGCCAACUUGGAGAUGAAUAUGAUUCUCCAGCAAGACUGCUGGAAAACAAGUCUUCAUCUUUUGCUCAGCUUGUAGCAGAGUAUACUACAAGGUCAAAUUCUAGUUUCGACCAUUGAACAUCAGACCUUAAUAAUUGCAGCUGAGAGGAGUUUUGUCAUGACAAUGACGAAGAUUUGCUGGGAUGAUUUAAUAUUUUCGCACUUAGCAUUAAAGAUAAUGGCAUCGAGAUGACUCAUCAUGUACUUUAUAUACAUUGUUUGAAAUAAUAUCUAUCUUGUAUGGAUUUGAUAUCUAUUGUUUUUUCAAUAAUAUUUCCGGUUACUU